AGACACUCUUCUGCUUCCUGCCAUCCUGCCUGCCUCGCUCGCUCGCUCGCUUGCUUACUCCGUGGCUGAGAGAAAGAGAGAGAGAGAGAGAGAGAGAGAGAGAGAGAGAGACACAUCGAGAGAAAAUCCCUGUCUAGGCAUGGACCUCCGAGUGCAGCACUCGGCAGCUCGCGAGGAAUGACAACAGUUCACAUGGUCAUUAACUCCAGUCGCUGAGGCUGAAGGGAAAGCUGUGCUGUAGCUCAGUGUCACAGAAGCACCGGGGGCCUCCUAGUCUCGGGACAGCAGACAGACAGAGGCACACAGCAGAGCUACGGGACCCCGUGAAACAAGCGAUUGGCUCUCUCCCUGGGGAGAUGCUGUGAAAUUAAAUCCUGCCUUGGAGAGUGGAGCCUGGGCGUCAGUACGAUUGGGCGAGGAAGCGUCUCAUCUCAUUUCACAUGAUCAGCACUUAAGUGGGACAAUAUGAUUAGAUCACAGACAGAAAGUGCCUUGUAAGACAACAUCCUUACUUGAAGAUCCCUGGGCGUUUCUGAAGAGCUCCAGAUUUUUCCCUCUGCAGUUGUGAUAGGACUCAGCUGACCUCCUGACCUGUUUGUUUGUCCUUACCUGUGCUCAGUGCGAAGAAACCCCCAAGUGAAGCAGUGGACUACUACUGCACUGCUGGCCAAGGUGCCAAAGCUCAGAGAGCAUGUACUGAAGACUUUUAAACAAUAGAAAGCCACAAACGUGUUUUAAACUGUGCCGUUUCACCUCAAAAUAGCACCACUUUUGCUCCCCAACAUCCACCCUUGCACAGAUAUCAUCACUCAUACAAAGGUCAUUUUUGGGUACAUUGGUACAACCAGUAGAGUUUGUCUCUGAGCAUGCCCCCUCUGCCUUGUCAGAGGUCUGCACCUGAGACUUACUGAUUGAUGAGCAAUUAGCUGUGUGACUGAGAAACUUCAACAGCAGUGCAGUCCCAUGCUCCGGUCACAGAGACUUUGCCAGUCCAUUACCUACACUUCCCUGUCCGGAAGGACAAACCUCAUCCACUGACCUGAAGCAGAUCAUUUAUAGCUGCAUGUUCCACCAGUUUUAGCUGUUGCGUGUUUUAUUUUUUUAACUGGAACACUCUGAAACACCUCCUCAGAGGAUAGGCUCCUCCUAAAACCAAGUGGCUCCACUCCACCCUAGCUCCACAGCCAGUGCUGCUGACAUGGCUCUAAACAUUGCCUCGAUACGGGACACAAAAUGGCUGACCCUGGAAGUGUGCCGGCAGUUUCAGAGAGGGACUUGUUCACGCAGUGAUGAGGAAUGCAAAUUUGCCCACCCACCCAAAAGCUGCCAGGUGGAGAAUGGAAGGGUCAUCGCCUGUUUUGACUCGUUAAAGGGCCGAUGCACGCGAGAGAACUGCAAAUACCUGCACCCACCCGCUCACCUGAAGACCCAGCUGGAGAUCAACGGGCGAAAUAACCUGAUCCAGCAGAAGACAGCGGCCGCCAUGUUGGCUCAACAGAUGCAGUUCAUGAUCCCCGGCACCACCAUGCAGCCUGUGGUUAGUGCUGGUCUUUUUGCUGUGCAGACGUUUCCAGUCAGCCAGGGCCUGGGUUCCAGCGCAGGUUUGAGCUACGCACCCUACCUGACCCCCAUGUCCCACAGCAUGGGCCUGGUGCCCACAGACAUCCUGCCCAACACCCCCUGUAUGGUCCCCGGCAGCCCGCCUGUCUCCGUGACCGGUGGCUCUUCCUCCAACCAGAAACUGCUGCGUACCGACAAGCUGGAGGUUUGCCGUGAGUUCCAGCGGGGCAACUGCGCUCGCGGGGAGACCGACUGCCGCUUUGCUCACCCCAGCGACAGCCCCAUGAUUGACACCAGCGAUAACACGGUCACCGUCUGCAUGGACUACAUCAAGAGCCGCUGCUCCCGCGAGAAGUGCAAGUACUUCCACCCCCCGGCCCACCUGCAGGCCAAGAUUAAGGCUGCCCAACACCAGGCCAACCAGACAGCUGUGGCGGCGCAAGCCGCCGCCACAGCUGCAGCCAUGACUCAGUCGACUGCCAAAGCAAUGAAGCGACCCCUCGAGGCAACUGUAGACCUGGCGUUCCCCCACGGCGUCCUCCAGCCCCUACCAAAGAGACAAGCACUUGAGAAGAGCAACGGCUCCCUGUUCAACCCCAGUGUUUUGCACUACCAGCAGGCGCUGGCCAACGCACAGCUCCAGCAGCCCACUUUCUUUCCCACAGGGUCAGUCUUGUGCAUGACUCCUGCUAGCAGUCUUGAUUAUCCUGAAGUAAGUUUCAGGAAGGGAAUGGAGUGUUACGAAGCUGCACUAGGAAACCCAAAACAGUCCCUGUGUAAAUACUACCUUACCUCUCCCAUAGAGGUCCAGCAACCUGCAUGCUAAGAGUGUAACACUUCAAUUUAACCGUAAGAACUGCAGUGCCGGUGUAACACACACACACACACACACACACACACACACACACACACACACACAUUUAAAAAAAAAACAAACAAGAUAUAUACUGUAUGUAUUGCUAGAAAAAAAAAACUAUUAACAUGAAAAAGUCAAAAAUAUUCUUAUGUAUAGUACCACAUACAUAGCAGACACACUAUAGAGGUCAUUUUAACAACUGUUCUCCCAAAGUACCGUGAAUCCCCUCUCUUUCAUAUUUAUUCAAAAAUACACUGCACAAUGUUCAUCCCUUUGGUUAGUAAAACAAACAGAAAAGAUGCUUGAUUUGCACUAUACGAGACAUAUAGUGCUUAAUGUUUUAGUGGAAAACAGGAAGAGUCACAGAAAACCCGUGCACAACCACACCAACGCACUCGGCGCUUUCAAGAGUGUUCUUGUCUUGCGGUUUUUGCUUUUCUCUCUACAAAGUUGAAUGUCCUUGGGGCAGACAGGCUCAUGUUUUCUUAAUGUGACUGUCCCUGCGAGGGGGUACCUCUGUGACCCUCAUCUGCCCCAGAUGCUGUUAAGAUGCCAUGAUGAAGCUUAUGCUCCCCUCCCCUACUGCCAACUUUUCAUCUCCGGAAACAUCUUGCCAAAGUUGAAGAGGUCGGUGGAAUCAACCUGCCAGAAAGCAGAGCCACAUUUUAACACCCUGAUAAAGUUUUUUGGGUUUUUUUUUCUUCACUUUUGCCAUUGCGAAAGCUGCUCACAACGCACCCUUUAUUUGUUUCGGUGCUGGGUUCAGUUCUUUGUUCAGGAGGAGUGGCGGGAUAGAUUGUGCACGGAUUUUUGCAUGCAGUUGGGACUGGGGAAGACAGUGCCCAGUGUUGACAGAAGAUAGUCAUGGCCAUUACCGAAAAGCCUAAAGGCUCGGGUCUGUGCCAAGGGCUUAACCAAGCUUGAGGGUUUUGUUCCAGACAUACCAAGCCUUGUGAGUGUGUGUGCAUGUGUGUUCGUAUCUGGAGACUGAUGGUCUGCCGGCAGACUGGGACUUGAAGCGAGGUCUUGCAGGUGAUGAUGACAACACCAGGCCGUGUAGGAGAGGUUUUUGGGGGGUGGGUGAGGGACUUAAGUGCUAAGACUAAAUAAAAAAAACCGGUGCAUUUGACGACGCUCGUCAAGCAAAAGAUGACUUGAACUUCGACUGGAGGGCUAUCUGUGACCGUCGGUUGUCCUGUCCAACCCUACUAUCACCGAUAAUCCUGUUCCAUUUUAGAAAACUGUAGAAGUGCCUAAAAAAUGCUCAUCAACAACACAUUCAUCCAGAGUAUAUCACUAAAAGUCACAGACACAACAUACCGGCUGUCAGAAGCUACAUGGACCUUUUGGGAAAGACAUCACAUUUCGUGAAUCGUAACUAGGAAACGGUUUCCUAGUUACCGUUCAUUAACAUCACAAGUGACUUUAUCGAAACGAAAAUAAGUAAAAUAAACGACAAAUCAAAAAUAGCUUUGUAGAAUGUCUGGUGACUUUCAUGGUGUACCAUCGUUUCUUACCAUGGUUUGAGUAGUUUACAUGAGGAACGUGAGUGGGGGGUGAAAAAAAUGUAUUGUAAACUGUGUAAUGUAUGUAAAGUGUCUCUUAUUUUGAGAGUUUAUAUCCAUGGUUCUAGAAAUGUACUCAAAGUUAUUUAAAGAUUUGUGUUGUGUCUACUAUCAAGGUAUUUUUGAAACCGCCCCCCAAACCCUUCACCAUCUCCACCUCUAUCCAGAACAAUCAUUUGUCUUUUAGCCAAGAUCAUUCUUUUAUUAUUUUUUAGACCAACCCUCUCAUUAUUAUUAUUAUUAUUUUACAUAUUUUGAAUAAGCAUCUUUUUACUCUCUUAUUUCCCAUAUUUAAAAAACUUUGAUGUAAUUUCAUGGUGCUUGAUUACCAUUGACAAUCCACAAUCAUACCUUGGAACAGGAGUGCUUCACUCUGGUUUCCCAUUUCACUUCCAUUCACUGAUUGUCUCCACAUGCAUUAUGAUUUGUAUGUAAUAUUUGUGGAAGGUGGUAAAAGUUUUAUUUUGUUGUAAUUUAUCUUAUGUUACUCUUGGUCAAAUUUUAGUCAAAAACAAUGUUGUUAACUAUUCUAUUUUGAAAUGAAUGUAAUUUAUUGAGCUGUGCUACGUUCUGCACGGUUGGUCAUUUCAAGGUCUAACCUGUCAGGUCAGCGAAUGAGAAGUCGCACACAUUUGAGGGGUGGGGUUUAAAAGUCAGCCCACCAAUAGAAAGCUACUGGAUCUUUCUUGCCUUCUCAUUGAUAAAAAGAUCACGGUGUUGCAGUAAUGAGCAUAGUUAUAGAGUUGCUUGUGUUGUUGGAAAAAAAAAAAAAUGUUUAUUGUAUAGAUGACAUUUUACCAAAAAAAGAGAAGAAAAUUUCAAAAAAGAUGUACUUUUCACGCUAGUAUAAUAGUAUUUCAUAACAAUAUUAAGUUGUUGCCGUGGCAACCAAAUGUUGCAAUUACUAAAGUUGGGUAUUUUUGUAAAUGACAUUGUUAAGUUGAUUUUUUUGUUUCUUUUUGCUAGAACACUGUACACAAGGUAGAUUGUAAAGAAGAUACGAACAUUUCUUAUGACCUAAUAUUUUCAUUAGCAAAUAACAGCCUGUAUAGUGCUGUGACUGUAACACUUAAAUAGAUUUAAAUUCAUCAAUGUUACAUAGAUUAUAUAUAUAUACAUAUAUAUAUAUAUAUAUAUAUAUAUCUAAGAACUAAAUAAUCUAUAAAUUAAUACGUUCAGAUGUUCAACCCCAGGACAAAGGACCUUUAGGUUCCACACUGAGACAUUAUAUUUGAGGCGUAUGUAUCACUAGAGUUAAGGAUUGCACUUUUCAUAUUGUUUAAAGAUGUGAUCUGUUGUCCAUUUCCUUUAAGGGUUUACAGGUUUCUGCACCUUGCUAGUACAGUACAUCUGUUCAUCAAUCAAAAGCAGAUACCACCGGUAAAUAACUUUAAUUCAACAUGUUGCAUGAGAAAACAAUAUUUUCUUUUCUUACUAAAUGAUAACGUACUGAAUGUUUCUAGUGGAAAAAAAAAAGUCUGUACACAAAAUGUCCUCAUUUGGUGACCCGCAAUGCCCUUGUGUAUGGAAUCCCCUUGAGAUGUUAUGUUUUUUUUUUUGACAUGUGUUGGCAAUGAUUGACUGAUGGAAAAAAAGAAAAACGUAAGCACUUUCUGAGCAGUUGGUCAACUGAGCAGACUCAGCUUAUCCAAACACUUUGCCUUAUCUUGAGUCCAUCGUGCUAAAGGUUUUAUGUUUUUAAGAGCUCUUAUGAAAUUUAUUAAAGAGACUUGAACGGGUCUCUUUUCUCAAAUCCUCUCUCAGUUUCAUUUCAAAUAUGUAUCUUUAUAUUUAAAAAUAUUUUUUUUUAGGGUUUUAAUGUGCGCACCACAAGGCCAAGGCGGGGGGAACUGCAGCAGAGUGAAAAGUCAUUGAUCUUUUCUUCUGAUCUCCCAAAUGUGAAGUGAGAUCUUUUUGUCCCAUUGCCUCACAAUGGAAAUGUUUGGAAUGUGUAAUUCACAGCUUUAGCCAGCAGAGGGCACUACACUGGAGACUGCAGGUUACGAAUUGUGACUGCCUGUGCCAUCAUUGUUGCAGUGUACCCCACCAACAAAGUAAAGACAUAAAGAUAAAUUGACAAGAAGGCCCUCAUUGGAUUUAUAGUUUCAAUGUAAUCAUUUUUAAAUGUAUUCUUUUUGCAUAUAUUUUGUGCUAUUUUAUGUUCUAUAGUCAAAUGUUUCUUUGGUUCCAGCAAGAUAGUGUCAAAUCUAUUGAAAGAAAGAAAUAAAGAAAAUCAAAGAA